CACCCUUUUACCUUGUCACCAUCAUUAAUAUCAAUUUAGUUUACAUGAUAUGUCACCCUUUUACAUAUAAACAGCAAUAUCAUACCUGCUAUGGGAUGCAUUUGUGGCAAGUUUUCUCCCCCUCGCAGUGCUGAGAGGCCGAAGCGGCAAGUGAGGAGAGAGGGUUCCAGGACACGUUCCUCUAAGCAUGUGGGAGAGAGGGUUAAGAGGGAGACUCAGAGACAAAGAGUAAGUGUGCAUGCUAAGAAGGGUGAAGAAAAUGCUUCUGGAGGAGGAGAAAAGGAAAAACCGGUUGCUAGAAAAGAUAAGAGUAAGGUAGUGGAAGAUGUUGCUGGAGAAAAUAGUAAGAGUAAAGUUGGGGAGGUUAGAGAGAAGAAGAUGGCCAAAUAUGAAUUUGUGGGUGGGUGGCCAAAGUGGUUAAUUGAUAACAUCCCCACAGAUGUUUUGGCUAAUAUUGUUCCAAAGAGUGCUGAUUCCUAUGAAAAACUUGCCAAGAUAGGACGUGGAACAUAUAGCAAUGUGUACAAAGCAAGAGAAAAGGGCACAGGAAAGAUCGUUGCUUUGAAGAAGGUGCGGUUUGACACAUCGGAUACUGAAAGCAUUAAGUUUAUGGCGAGAGAGAUCAGGAUACUGCAGAUGCUGGAUCAUCCCAAUGUCAUCAAACUUAGAGGACUAGCAACAUCAAGGAUGCAGUAUAGUCUUUAUCUAGUUUUUGAUUUCAUGCAAUCUGAUCUGACCCGAAUUAUCACCCGACCCGGUGAGAAACUCACCGAACCGCAGAUCAAGUGCUAUAUGCAGCAGCUGCUUUCUGGGCUGCAACACUGCCACGACAGGGGAAUUAUGCAUCGAGAUAUUAAGGCUUCUAAUUUGUUAAUAGACAGAAGAGGGGUGCUGAAAAUUGCAGAUUUUGGGCUUGCAACUUCCAUUGAAGCAGAAAGGCCUCUUACAAACAGAGUGGUGACACUUUGGUAUAGAGCUCCAGAACUUCUUUUGGGUUCAACCGAUUAUGGAUAUAGCAUCGAUCUCUGGAGUGCAGGGUGCUUGUUGGCUGAGAUGUUUGUUGGAAGGCCAAUUAUGCCUGGCAGAACAGAGGUUGAGCAGAUUCACAUGAUCUUCAAACUGUGUGGUUCCCCUUCAGAGGAUUACUACAAAAAACUGAAGCUAACAACAAGCUUCCGGCGGCCUCCACAGCAUUACAAACCCAGUUUCCAAGAAAACUUCCUCAAGUUUCCUUCCUCUUCGCAAGGUCUCUUGGCUACACUUCUUGAUCUCAACCCUGACCUACGUGGCACUGCUGCUUCUGCUCUCCAAACUGAAUUCUUCAAAUCUAGUCCAUUACCAUGUGACCCUUCAGCUUUGCCAGUAAUCUACAAAGACGAGGAUGAACGCUUACAAACUAAGAAAAGCAAAAGGCAAAGGGUUUCUAAAAGAGGGCAACAAUCUCAAACGACUAGUAGUGAUGCUACUCAGUCAGGAAAGAACCAAAUUGCUGAACAAACCCUUGGAGAUACAGAAUCAUCAAAAGAGAAGCAAAUUGAACAUCAAAAGCAAGGUCAUGAAACGGGGAAUAGUGGUAGCAGCACAUCAUCAGGGUCAAGACUAUUUUUGACUGAAGGGAACAGCAGCAUGAACACAUCUUUAUCCCCAUUUUCUCUCUCUAGUGGUAGUGUGAGAAAGUCCCCCAAAACAUAGGGCCAUCCGAAUGCCCUUAAGAACAUAAAGAACUAUAGUGUCCUCUUACAAGCAUCUAUGAUAGAUAUGAUCAACCGCAAUGAAGGCAACGAUUUUUCACAGCUUCGGAGGUCCUUCUCUGCCUUGGAUUUUCGACUUGAACCAGAGAAGCUACCAGACCUCUAUACCUUAACUAAAAACAUUUAAUUUUGGCCAAUUCUAAACAUUAUAUUUUUUUCAUUAUCAUUUAGUUAUGUUCGUCACUUCAUUAAAAGAGUCGAAAUCUUUUAAUUAAUGUGACAGAUAUGAUUAAUUGGUAAUGAAAAAAAAAAGUUCGGAUCAAAAUUAAACUCUAAAUAAAAAGAUAGCUCGUGUAAGUUGAUUAUCUGUUUAGGGUGAUUUGGGUGUUUUUAUUCUAGUAUUUAUUUUAUUUGAGUCACUCUUCCUUGUCGGAAGUUGUGAUAAAUAAACGAGUCCCUAUUCUGGACACGUUGCUACUUAGUAAUUCCAUAGAAAUAAUUUUCGAGUGGAAUAAAUAGUAUAGGAUGUCUGUAGUGAG